UCACACAUGAGACCCCCAGCCUCUGAAUUCUGGAUGUAGGUUAUAUAGAGCUCUUGCAGACCCCUCUGCUUUCCAAGGUGAAGAUAAGUCUGCCAGUCCUCUCUCUCAGGAUGUUCAUGCAUUUGGAGUUUUAUUAUUACGCUUUCAUCCUGAUGGCUCACAUGAAGUCUUGCUGCAGUUGGUCAGUGAAUAAUUUCCUGAUGACUGGCCCAAAGGCCUACUUGAUCUACUCCAGCAGUGUGGCCGCAGGAGCUCAAAGUGGGAUUGAAGAGUGCAAGUAUCAGUUUGCGUGGGACCGCUGGAACUGCCCGGAGAGGGCUCUUCAGCUCUCCACCCACAGUGGACUCAGAAGCGCAAACAGAGAAACAGCGUUUUUCCAUGCCAUCAGCUCUGCUGGAGUCAUGUAUACGCUCACCAGGAACUGCAGCCUCGGUGACUUUGACAACUGCGGAUGUGAUGACACCAGGAACGGCCAGCGAGGUGAUAAACUACAUCUCAACAUAGAUGGUGGUCAGGGAUGGCUAUGGGGAGGCUGCAGCGAUAACGUAGGAUUCGGAGAGGCCAUCUCCAAGCAGUUCGUGGACGCACUGGAAACCGGACAGGACGCCCGAGCCGCCAUGAACCUGCACAACAACGAAGUAGGACGCAAGGCAGUGAAAGGAACCAUGCAGAGGACGUGCAAGUGCCAUGGAGUGUCUGGCAGCUGCACCACUCAGACCUGCUGGCUGCAGUUGCCCGAGUUUCGCGAGGUGGGCAACUACCUAAAGGAGAAGUAUCACAGGGCCGUGAAGGUGGACCUGCUCCGUGGCGCGGGCAACAGCGCAGCCAGCCGCGGGGCGAUAGCCGAGACCUUCAGCUCCAUCUCGCGGAAAGAACUGGUGCACUUGGAGGAUUCCCCCGACUACUGCUUGGAGAACCGCACCCUGGGCUUGCCGGGCACCGAGGGCCGUGAGUGCUUGAGGAAGGGCAAGAAUCUGAGCAAGUGGGAGAAGCGGAGCUGCAAGCGGCUGUGCGGCGAGUGCGGCCUGGCUGUGGAGGAACGCAGGGCCGAGACCGUGUCCAGCUGCAACUGCAAGUUCCACUGGUGUUGCGCUGUAAAAUGCGAGCAGUGCCGCAAAACUGUCACAAAGUACUAUUGUGUGAAGAGGGCCAAACGGGUCACGAACGAUAGUGCCAGCCGCAGGAAAAGCUACAGGUUGAAGAAGAAGCACUAGAGAUCUAGUCCUGGACUGUUCCGCUACGGUGGUCUAGAAGUUAAACAGAUGUUUUUGUGCAAAAACAGACUUUAAUGGACACCUUCCAGAGCUGAUACUUUAAACACAUAUUUGAUCUGUAUUAUUUCAUCUAAGCAAUUCAAAAUGACUCCUGUAUACAUUGUAGGAUAGCACUGAACACCGCAUCUAACCAAUAUAUAGCACACUAGACUGUGAAUAACCUUUUCAUUCACCAACAGUGAUGUACUUUGAUGGAUCAUUUAUUGGAAUGCUACAUUUUAAAGGAGUUUUGAAUUCACGAUAUACACGCCACUUCUCCAGCUUCCAUCAGAAUCAUUGCUUGUCUGUUUGUUUGUUUUUUGCAUUCUGAUAAUAGUUUUACCCUGAUACUGUAUAUGAACUGUAAAUAAGAGGAAGCACUUUGUAUAUUGUUAAUUUAUUGCACAGAUACUAUAGUGCUGUUUUUUUCUAUGAUAGUUUCUUUCUAUGUGUUUUUUUUUUACUUUGCUUUCAUAAUUAAAAUUAUGUAAUAGGUAUCA